AGAAACUAAAACUCAUUGAGCUGAAAGGAACUCCUCGCUGACGAACUGCAGAUCUUUGCUGGACUUGAACAACAUCCUCUCAUCAACCAGAUUCCUAGAUCAAGAUGUCAGUUCAGUUCUCUGGCUGGGAGGUGGUCGACGAUGGUGCUUCUUUUCCUGGUGUUGAGCUGCAGGCUUCCCAGAAACCCCAAAAUAGAGGCGUCUACAAAAUGUACCAUGGUACCAGCAUUGCCAGCGCACGGAUCAUCAUUGCCAAUGGGUUUAAACAGUCAUCAGCUGGCAUGCUGGGACGCGGCGUGUAUGUCAGCCGAGAUAUAAAAAAGGCGUCUCAUUAUCCAUUGCACAGUAACAUUACAGACCGUGUGGUCUUUCAGCUACUUGUGCGUGUUGGCCGUGUCAAGCGUAUUGACCAGGACAACCAUCCCAUGCAGUUCAGCUGGCAUUCAAAUGGCUACGACACUGCCUGGGUGCCCCCCAAAUGUGGCAUGAAUGCUGUGCGCAGUGGCCUUGAAGAGGACUGUGUGUUUGACCCCAAAAGAGUGAAAGUGGUGGGAAUCGCAAAGGCACCAAACACGACCAUAGAGAAAGAACUUAAGCAGCUUCUAUCAAAAACAUCCAAAAAACCUGGAGGAGCUGAUGGUGCUGCAGAUUUGUGUCCAUUAUGCAAGAGGAAGACGCAGCAGGGUUCUAAACACAUCAAGCAGCAGUGCUGGGAGUGUGGGCAAAACCUCUGCAUUCUGGCCUCCAAGCAUUUCUGUCCAGCCAAACCAAGCUGCUGGUCUUGCACAGUAUCCCUAUACCAAAGAAACAUGUCACUGCCGUUCUAUGGCUGGGAGGUCACCUAUGAUGAUGACUCUCCACAUGUAGAACUAAAGGCAUCUCAGGAGCCCAAAGACAGCGGUGUCUACACCAUGUACCAUGGCACCAGCGUUGCCAACGCACGGCACAUCAUUGCCAAUGGUUUUAAUCAGUCUUCAGGAGGCAUGCUGGGAAAGGGCGUGUAUGUCAGCCGUGACAAGAAAAAGGCAGAACGUUAUCCAUUGAACAGUAACAUUACAGACCGUGUGGUGCUGGAGUUACGUGUGCGUGUGGGCCGUGUCAAGCGUAUAGACAAGGACAAUCAUCCCAUGCAGUACACCUGGAGCGCCCAGGGCUACGACACUGCUUGGGUCCCCCCCAACUGUGGCAUGAAAGCCGUGCCCAGUGGCCUGGAGGAGGAUUGUGUGUUUGACCCGAAAAGAGUGAAGGUCGCUAGCAUUGCUAGGGCAGCAGACACCGUACUGACAGAGCUUCAGCAGCUGGUAGCUAAUAGUCUAAGAAACCCUGGCGGAGGAGAUGGAGGUGCUGCAUCGCCUCUUGGUGGUGCUGCGGAUGUGUGUUCACUGUGUAAGAGAAAGACCCAGCAGGGUUCUCCACACAUCAAGCAACCAUGUUGGGGCUGUGGGCAAAAUAUCUGCACUCUGAUGACCAAACAUGUCUGUCGUGCUGCACGCUGACUCUGACCUCUGAGAGGGCGUGAGGGCCUGAAGAACGAUGCUGUUGUGAAUCAGAUGGAACAAGGCUCCAUGUCCUUCUGAUGUAGUGGAGGAGAAACUGAAGCUCAAGUUAACUAAAGAGUAUUUUCACAGCUCAGAGUGUAAUCAUACUUUUGAAACAGCACUUGAAGUUUCUAUUUUUCAGUCAUCUGUGUUUCUUUCAUUUCCUUUUCACGAAUGAAUUGUAAUUAGUGCAACAUGUUGCUGGUGAACAUGUCUUGGGGAAUUUAUGAAUUGAAGUGCUGUUGAUGGAAAAUAGGCACUGAAGUUUACUAUAAUAGUGUAUUUUAUUUCUAAUCUACGUUAUGAUUAUGUGCAAUCAAGAUGAGACAAUCUUUUUGUAUUGAGCAAGAUGACUUUAUUUAAGCCUGAGUUACUUUUGAUUACAUUGGUUAUUUUAUAUGAAGUUCAUUUUCUAAAUAUGUGAAGACUCAUGAUUUUGAUUUGCUGGAUUGAUUUGAUUUUCUGAACCCUGUAUAAUGUUAAACCCAACAAUCAUGUGAAGCCAAUAAAUAUCAUUAUAUCAGAUCCA